AUGUUAUCGUUGAAACAAUUGUCGAUCAUUGUGAAGGACCAUCUCAAUCAAAAUACCCAGUUACAUAAUCAGGAACAAUCGAAUAAAUGGACAAUCGGUCAGUCAGGUAUUAGCGGUCGUGGCCUAAUUGCCGUUGAAGACAUCCGAUCGGGAGAAGUUCUUUUCGUAGACCAUCCGAUAAUUGUCGGUCCUCGAUCUAGCACUAAUGUACAAACUGGGUGCACUGUAUGUGGUAAAAAUGAUAGUGAGAUUCUCUUUCAGUGCGACAAUUGCUGCUUAUUAUUAUGCUCACACCAGUGCCAAAGUAGUAAAACUCAUAGUGACGAUUGUAUAAUCAUAUCCGGUUGGGGCAACAAAGUCCCAAUUGAAAAUGUGAACGACACUUUGCUAUCGCGGUGCCUCGCUCCUAUAAGAAUAUUGUCAUUAAACACAGAUCAGCAAAAAUUUAUGAACGCCCUUCAAGCUCACGCAGGUCCUCAACACGGAAGUGAAAUAAGAGAAUUGACCGAAUACUUUGAUAUACCAGCAGACGAAGAGGAAUUAAUAACAAUAGCAGCGUGUAUUCUUGAUGCAAAUGCUUUUGAAAUUGGCAAUCCUUAUGGAAGGAAGACAGUGAGCAGACGAGGCUUGUACCCAGUGUCAUCAUUAAUGAAUCAUAACUGUGUCCCGAACACAAAGCAUACUUUUAACGAAGAUAAUCACAUGAUAGUAAAAGCUGUUAAACCCAUACCAGCCGGUACUGAACUAACAACAUGUUAUUCUGGUGUAUUAUGGGGAACGCCGGCGAGACGGCUACAUUUAUUUAAAACAAAGCAUUUCUGGUGUAAAUGUGAAAGAUGUUCUGAUCCGACUGAAAGGGGUACAUUUUUAGCAGCUUUAAAGUGUUUUGAGUCAAGUUGCCCAAGCGCACUCCUUCCAGUAGAGCCGCUUAACCCCAACUCUGCUUGGUGCUGUCUUUCUUGUAAACUGAAAGUUCCAAACAGCAACAUCAGUGCUAUACAAAGUGCUCUCGGUAGCCUGAUUGGAUCGUUAAACUUCAAAAACAUAUCAGAACUAGAGAAGUUCUACUUAGAUAGAGUAUUUAAAUAUAUACCAAGAAGUAAUCAGAUUGUAGUAGAUCUACAGUGCCGAAUUGUUUUUGAAUUCGGAGAAAUAGAUGGAUGUCGAUGGCACGAGCUGUCGGAAUCACGGUUAGAGCUGAAGGAGGGUCUGUGUCGCAACAUUCUGACCACAGUGACAGCACUGGGUCUGGGAGACAUACAUCUCCGUGGCCUGUUGCUAUAUCACCUUCACGCUACCCUCGCGGAGAAAGCUCGACGCACUCCUGAGUUGUAUGAGGAGUUGAAGGCAGAGAUUGAGGACACUAUUCAACAAGCUUACGAUAUUCUUCAGGGCAAUAUUGCAUCACCUCCAGAUUUAAAGCUCAGAUAUCAGUAUCUUGGACCAGGGAGCCAAAGACCUCACGAAGAGAGAUUUUUUAUUUUAACUCAUUCUUAA